UCUCUCUCUCUCUCUCUGUCUCUCUCCCUCUCUCUCUCUCUCUCUCUCUCUCUCUGUUUGAUUUGGGGGAAGUGCUUAGAAAACCCCAAAGGCUUUAAAAACAACAGUUUUUUACUGUCUGUUGUUGUGGGUCACGGGACAGAGCGAGAGGCCAGAGACAGACUGAGUCCUGGCAGCCAGGGAGGGACAAUGCGCUCGCUCUCUUCGCUGUGGCUGUACGCCGCCCUGCCAGGUGUGCUGUGGGCCGCGCACGUCACCCUGAUGGUGGAGGGGGACAAUAACGCCUCCAGGAUCUGCAAACCCGCCCCCCCCUGGGAGAUCAGGGGACAGGCACCUAUGCGAAAGCUGCUGGGGAAUGUGGUGGUGGUGGCGCUGCUGAAGGCCAGCUGACAGUUCUGUCUCACUCAGGCCUCCAAAAUUAAAGGCCUGCGUGACAGGCUGAACCGCAGCAACCUGACGGAGGUGUCCUUCAUGAUCGUGAACGAGCAGGAGGCGCACUCCAGGGCGAUGUACUGGGAGCUGAAGAGAAGAGCGCCCCCUGGUGUUCCUGUGCACCAGCAGUCGCCCAUUCAGGACGACGUGUGGGAGGCUCUGGAUGGGGACAAAGACGACUUCCUGGUCUACGAUAGGUGUGGUCUCCUCACCUUCCACAUAGUGCUGCCCUACAGCUUCCUGCAUUACCCCUACGUGGAGGCUGCAAUCAGAGCCACUUAUCAGAAAAACAUCUGCAACUGCUCUGCGAAUUCUACUUUAUCAAGUGACGCGAACAGCGUCAUGAGGAAUGACACGGAGGAGGCGGACAUCAGACAAACAACUGCAUUACCCACAAUCCAGCUGGACACUGAUGAUGCAGAGGAGGGAGACAACGACCCGGGAACUCAUCAGCACAUCCAUCAUCAUCAUGAUCAACAUCAUCAUCAUCAUGAUCAACAUCAUCAUCAUCACCAGCACAAUCAGUCCCAGGAGCUGCAGGAUCCAACCCAGAAUAAAACUCUGAAUCUUCAUCCUCUGAAUCAUCAUCACCACGAUCCUCAGCAUCAUCACCACCGUCGUUAGGAAGUUAAAUUAUUAUUAAUUAUAAUCUAUAUUAUAGUCAGUUACUUUAUUUUUUAAUAGGAAUGAUUCAGGAUAACAGGUUUUGAAGCGUGAUCAGACUUGAGGUCUCUCCUCCAGGACUUCCGCACCCCGCCGCUCUGUGUGGACGGACCGGACAGUCCCGCCCCGCCGUCUCCACCUGAUGAAGUCUGCGGCAUAAAGCCUGGCUGCAGGAGGCUGCAGGUGGAUGUGUGUGGAGAGGUGGGGCGGACCCACGGACACUGUCGGUCCACGCGGAGCCAGAGGACGGUGCGAGCUGCAGCGGAGACCUCGGGUCGGGUUCCUGUCUGAACUAGAACCUCCUCCUGGUUCAGGUUCCUUUAAUCCUUUGUUUCCUGCUGGAGAACAGCUGGAGGAGGAGAACAAAGUGUCUGUACUGUGCUUUACUUUAGUGUAAUAAGCUGUAUUACAGGAUUAACCCGCAUUAUUACUCAGUUUGACAUGUUUUCUGUACCUGUGCUCCUGAUGGAGCAGAAACUGUAGAGAAGCAUUUAAUCACUGAAAGCAUCGAUACUGUUCCUGUGAAGCCCAGAGCAUCAUGAUGUUUCCUCUUUCCUUUAUCAUAAAAUCCUCUUUGACACCAGAA